UAAUCUGAUAGUGACGUAGACGGUGACUGAAAGAAUUUUGUACCUUUGAACUAUACACUCGUACAAGUUAAAGUCUUGUUAUAUUGUUAAGUUUUAACCUAAAAAUACAAAGUUUUACGAUAAAAUCGCCAAAAUGUUCAAAGGUCUAGUUGGUUUGGUGACUGGCGGUGCCUCAGGACUGGGUCGCGCAACAGUUGAACAACUUUUAAAGCAAGGAGGACGAGUUAUAAUUUGUGAUCUCCCUUCAAGUUCCGGACAGGAGACGGCAAAGCAGCUGAAAGAAAAUGUCGCCUUUGUUCCAGUAGAUGUAACUUCAGAGCAAGAUAUCAAGAAUGCUCUUCAGACAACCAUAGACAAGUUCGGCCGUUUAGACGUGGUCGUCAACUGUGCUGGUGUAGCCACUGCUUCAAGAGUCUACAAUUUCAAAAAGGAUCAGCCCUUUGACUUGAAGAGUUUCCAAAGGACUGUUGAGGUCAACUUAAUAGGAACAUUCAAUGUUAUCCGGUUAUCAGCUGGUCUCAUCGGAAAGAAUGCACCAGAUGCUGAUGGUCAGCGAGGAGUCAUCGUGAACACAGCCAGUGUAGCUGCGUUUGAUGGACAGAUCGGUCAAGCCGCAUACUCAGCUUCGAAAGCCGGAGUGGUGGGCAUGACAUUACCCAUUGCCAGGGAUCUAGCCAAGCAGGGCAUCAGAGUCGUCACAAUUGCACCAGGUCUAUUCCGUACACCAAUGAUGGAGAUGCUUCCUGAACCAGCCAUCAAGAGUUUGGAAGCCACAGUGCCGUUCCCUCCCCGGCUUGGAGCACCCAGUGAAUUUGCUCUCCUCGUCCAAAGCAUUAUUCAGAACCCCAUGCUGAACGGUGAAACCAUUCGUCUCGAUGGAUCACUACGGAUGCAGCCUUAGGUAUGCUACUCUGAUGAAAUGUAGAUAGAAUAUCAAUAAAAAAUUUAAAUCUGGGCUAUUAGAUAUAAAGUGUAAUGUACAGUAGUUAUUUUACAUGUUCCAUUAUGGUAGAGAAAUAAACAUUUAUUUACAAUA